GUGAAGUAAAGUAAACAUUCCAGGGAAAAAUAUAAAUUUUAUAUAUGUGUUUUAUUUACCUGACCAGCCUGAUUGGCUAAAGAUGACUAACAAUGACUAUACCUGGAAGACUGUCAAAACACAGGAAGCCACUUUACAGUAAAUGCUCUUAACCAUGAAGACAGCUGUUCAGCAUCAGUGGAUCAACAGUUGGGACAUCAUGCGAACGCGGUGUUAUAGCGUUCCACUUCUUUUGGGAUUUCUCUUAUCAGCCCUGGAGCUCACAGAGUGUGCAGUGAUCAACAUUUUGGUUAAAGAGGGAACAACUAUCCACAUUAACUCCACUGUCAGCACAAAGUGCAAAGUUUGUAUCAGGCAGAAACAACCGGUAUGCCAGUCUUCUGUGGUCCUCAAAAGUGACACACUUUUGGAUUUUAACUGUUUACAGCCAGAGAAUGUAUUUAACAUACACAUCUUCAGAGAUAUUGGACAGACAGUCAGAAUAAACAUCGAGCCCAAAGAUGAUCCUGCCUUUCAAAGAUUCAACCGCACCUUCAUCUGGAAUCUAAAGGCCCUAUCCACAAAUAGCUUCAAUUUAAAUUUCAGUAUGGGUUUACAACAGAUUCGACACACAGACAACUGCCCAGACAAACACAUUUACACGCUCCGAGUGAUGAAUGGCAUUGUUGGAAGGUUUUGUCAAAAUGGGAGCAUUAGACAAAUUGAUAUUCAAAAUAUUGGAAAACUUUCUCUGGAAGUUUCUGGAGGUCAACGUCUGGACGGAAAAAGAAUAGAUGUAUCUUUAGGACUUAAAAUGAAUUCACUGGCUUAUUUUCAUGUAAAUUUGCAAAUGAAGAGGACAACACAGGACUUCUUUUCUUUACAGUAUCCUGGCAGUUUUCCUUCUAAUGCCGAGACAGUAUGGUCUUUUACUGUGCCCCCGGCUUACUACACCAGUGUGAAUCUUUUAAACUACACUGUUCCAACAUGCCUCCAACCUACAACCACCCCUACAAUGACAUAUACUUGGAAAGGUAAAGAGCCAGUGGUAAAAAGGCUAAAUGCUACACAGCCAUCAGCAGAGCCUGGCAACUUUAGCCUCUCGCUAAAGAACUGCCAAAUGAUCCCACUGUCACAGAAAGGCCUAAGGGUGAACUUUCAAAUCUCCACCUUCAAGAAAUCAAGGGUUGCAGGUCAGUGUGCAGGGGAUCUUGCAGAAAAUGAAAUGCUGCAGAUACGUGUAAAGAGAAAAAGUCCUAAGUCAGCGUGUGUGUUGAAAUCGAAUUCAUUCCCAACAGAUACAGUCACCAUAGCUUCAGGAGGCCAUUUUGACCUUUAUUUCAUUGACUGCAAUAAGGAUGAACUGGAGUUGACUGUCAACAACACCAUAGAAUGUAAAGAGUGGCAAAACUGUACCAACACUCUAUUUCCUCUGCACUUUUUUUACGAGCAAAACUGUAUUCAAGGAGUUGUGAAGACCAUUAACUGGCACCUUGAUGGACCAGAGAACAGUGCAGUGGAGCUCCGGUCCUCUACAGAUGGUUUGGGGUACUCUGUGCCUGAACAGAAAUGCAACAGCAACGUCCUUCUUGAUGUGUCCCAUGUUGACCGUGGCAUAACUGUUGGGCAGUUUUGUCCAAAGGGGCCCAUUCGGAGCAUCACAAUCCAUGAAUCCAUGAUUGCAGUUACUGUCUCCUUUGCAACCGCCAGCGAUCAUAGCCUGGUGACUAACCUCAUCAUGAACUAUUUAUUUCGACAAGGAAUAUCAGAGCACUAUAUAUUCACUGUUGCACCGAGAAAUGAUUAUCCAGCCUUGUUGGCCACCCCAGCCUGGCCAUCUGAAUUAAAACCAUCUUAUACUGUAUCUUGGAUUGUCACCUUGGAGUCAAAGUUUAAGAGCAAACUGGAGUUUAGAAAUGUCAGCCAGCCCAAGUGCAAAGAAGUGAAUGCAAGCAUUGUGGUGCAGAGCAUUGACUCUAAGAAGCUGCUGUACAGCACUAAAAACGAUGAGAACAUGAAGGACUUGCCGCUCUUGGAGAGUUUCUACCUCAACAUGACUAACUGCAAGUCACCGACAGGAGCGUUCAGGGCAAUGAUGCAAAUAACACUACAAAGCAACACAAACCAGCGCUUAGGCAUUAUCUUGGGUAUCAUGGGAAUUCUGUUGGCAGUAGUAAUAACAGCAAUGGUGCUCUUUAUUGUUUUUAGGCGGAAGAAAAAGCGGAAUAAAGCUCCUCCAUUGUCUGUCUCUAAUCCCAAUGAGCAUGCCGUCCUUCCAGGCCUCCAUGUUUUUCCCAGGACACUGGAGAAGGAGGAUCUUCAUCACUAUGAUUACAUAGACGACACUUUGGUUUAUAGCGAUCUACGUAAAGAUGACAUUGAGCAGUAAACAGUGUAAAAAUCCAUUAUGAAUGAUAGUCCACCUCAGACUGACCCACCCUUGCCUGAAACACCAAACUUUAAUUGGGCUGCAAGUUUCAUUCAAGGACAGUCAUCUAAUUCUGGCUCACUGAAGACCUAUAUUGAAAACCUUGAGAGAGGGCAUUUCAAAAUCAGACUGUGAAUGUGAAGAAAGCGAGUUCCUGAUGGAAUUAGCAAUGCUUUAGUGGUUUAAGUCCUACAAAUUAUGAUGGUUAAAAUUAGAUUUUUACAGUGAAAUGAAUUUGAUGAGAUUCUAACCAUAGCUAGUAAUUAUAUGUAUAUGAACAGGCAGCUUUUUUACAGCUAUAUAUAUAUAUAUUUUUUUUUUUUUUAAUAUUAGAAUGUUUUAAUUUUAUUGUAUGCCAAGACCAAAUAAUUAAUAAAAUUUAAAAACCAUAAGGUUUAGUAUAUUCCUAUCCCGGAUCCAGCCUUCCACAAAGACGUUAGAUGACCCAACACCGGUGGAAGGACUUUCGGCAAGGACUCCAUGCCAACUCUGAACUCUGAAUUGACUUGAAUUGGUUUUUAUUUGUUUUAUCUGUUUUAUGUAUAAUAUGACCCAUCCUACUGAUUGAUGCCAUUUUCAAGUUGUAACUCAUCAAGUUGAAGUUUUUUUUAUUAAACACGGAAUCUAAUAACGCA